AUGGGCCACGACCCGAGCGGCAGCGAGCGGCAGUCGAGCAAAGUCGGGACAAGUCGGGACGGGGACAGGGACAGCGAUAGGAAUGGUGCGAAUGCACUGCAAAUUACGCAAACACCUCGUCUGAGGCGAGGCGAGGCGAGGCGAGGCGAGGCGAGAAAGCUCACAUCGCCAGCAGUGGCGCCCUCCAACAACACUCUGCCACACCCCGCACAGGCCUUACGCCGGUCGGCCGCGCGCCAGCCCGGACGUGUGUUCGGCUCGUGCCUGCUGCCACCUUCGCCGGCACAGCUGCCGCGCGAAGCUGUUGACAACACUACGUAUGCAGGCGCGUUGGUUGGACCCCCCUCAGUCGCCCCGACCGACCGACAGGCUUCUGCCGCUCCUGCGGCUGUGGCUGCUGUGUCCGAUAAUGUGACUCCGCCGACAGUUGUCGUGCCCCCGGUUGUGUCGGAACAAAGUUUACCUGCCGAACUCACCCCUCGUGAGGUCAGUAUUGCUGAUUUGCCAGCCGUCAGUGUUCCGGACGUGCCUGUUGGGGAGUCUUCUGAAAUGUUGGUCGAGUCUCCCCGGCCGAUUUCCGUCCCCGCCCCACCGACAGACAAGCGGAAAUUGCAGUCUCAACCGGGCCUGUACACUUCUGGCGAGGCGGAUGCUAGCAGCGCAGAAAGUGAGGUGUCCCAAGUUUCCACCCAGUCCGCCCCUGCCGAUCCCAAACCAAAGCGUAGGCGGUCUAAGAAACGUUCGAAAACAGCGCCCACUGAGGGCGACGGCGUUUCCUUCGAACAGGCCGUUGAGGGACUCACGGAUUCCUUGGUCCAAGAGCGUCGCGACGCACCUUUCGUGCACGGUCCACCUGUGUCGGUGCCCGCCACCCCCGUUUCCCGAGCCGUCCCGGAUGCCCCACCUGUUCCUUCGGACACCAUGCAGUGGUCUGAAGAUGUGGAGGAGGAUAAUUUUUUCUAG